AUGCAGUUCUCUCUUGCCACCCUUACCACCCUCUUGGCCUUCGUUGCCGCAGCCCCCGCAAACAAGGGAUUUGUUCAUGCCCCUAUCAAGAAGCAGUCCCUCCAGGCGGCCCAGAGCAAGAUCCCCAACUUUGCCUCCUCCGGCCCCAUCACUGCCGAGCUCUACAAUGAGCUCAUGGCUUACCAGGUUCAAAUUUCUCUUGGUGGUCAGACUAUCUCUGCCAGCAUCGAUACCGGAUCCGAGAUUCUGUGGGUUUGGGAGAACGACUCUAUUGCUUGCCAGGUUGACCAGCAGGACUGCGACACUGACGGCUCUUACAACCCCAAGAAGAGUUCCACGAGCAAGGACACCGGAGUGCCUUUCAACAUCAACUAUGGCAAGGGACACGCUGAUGGUUACCUCUACACUGAUAAUGCUGUCAUUGGUGGAGCUUCCGCUCCUGGUUUCAAGUUUGGUGUCAACUCUGGUGAUCUCAGCUCCGGCGGCUUCUCCAUGGUCUUCGGUAUCGGUGUGAACAGCGACGCCUCUACUUCCAUCUCUGCUCAGCUCCAAAAGUCCGGCGAGAUCUCCCGAAACCUUUACGGUAUGUCAUUCAGCGACGCCAACCUUGCUGGCACCAGCAACGACAACUCUGAGAUCACCUUUGGUGCUAUCAACACUGGUCGAUACACUGGCUCGCUUAAGACCAUUCCCCGAGUUGCGACCCAAGGCGGAUACCAGCACUUUUCCGUUUCUGCCUCCGGAAAGUUUGGAGAUGUCGACCUCUUCGACAAUGACCUCGUCAUUCUAGACUCUGGAACCACCAUGACUUACCUCAAGUCGGACUACUACAACGCCUUCCUCGGCGGCCUCGAGGACCUUGAUAUCACCCUCAGUGACUACUCUGGAGGAUGGCACGGAUACCCUUGCUCUGAAAACUCGAAGAUCAACUUCACUUACAACUUCAGCGGUAAGGAAAUCACUGUGACUGGACACGACCUGGCCAUUCCCGGCAACGCUGUCAACUCCAAUGUUGACUCCUCAGUGUGUUUCAUGGGUGUUGACGAUGGUGGAAACAUGAACCUGUUCGGUGACACCUUCCUGCGAGCCAUUUACUCCGUCUACGAUCUCGAGCGAGAUGAGGUCUCUAUUGCCCAGGCUGCCCAUGGCAAGCCCGACAACUACGUGGUCAUCACUGGUGAUGUCCCCAACUAG